AUGGACGACGAGUCGCUUAGGGCGGAUCUUGCCUCGUUGUCCUCCCGGAGUGGCACCCGAGAGCGCGGCAGCUCUCUGGAGUCUUUUUUGACGGCCCCCCCACGAGAGGAGCUGGAACGUCUCCUCGGCUUUAGCUUGGAUCCAGCUACCUAUCAGAAAAUCAAGAAGGCAGCUGGGGCUUCAGAUGAGCAGAAGCCGCCGGAGCAGACGGUGCGGCCGGAUGAGACGGUGCCGCCGGAGCAGACGGUGCCGCCGGAGCAGACGGUGCCGCCGGCUGCCGUAGUUGAGGCCUCUUCUCGCGAAGAGCUUCCCCUUCCGGAGGAGACAGCCUCUCUGCCACUACCCGAGCCCGAGGAGACGAACGCACCCAGCUCUUUGGUGCAGGCAUCACAAGGGUUGGCCAGCCAGCUUGCAGCUUUGAACCCGGCAAAGCUGAAGGAGCUUCUGGCAGUGGUGCUGAAGGCUGGGGCAAAGGAUUUCAUUGUCGAGGGAGGUCGUGAUCCGACACGGCGCAAGCUGUUCGAUGGCGCUUCCGAUGGUGAGGGCUCUACUUCAGCCGGGAGUUCAGGUUCGGUAUCCAAUCCGGACCAGCUGGAGACCCAGCCUUGGGGUUUGCAGGAGCCCGAAGCCUACAUCAAUGAUUGGCUGGCCGAGCGCAACAAGCUUGAACAAGAAGGGCUUGAGGAUGCCAAGAAGCGUCGCUUGCAGCGGGCAGCGGCCAUGAUCGAGGAGGCUGCCAUGGUGCUCACACGACAGCAACAGCUUGGUUUGUCUGCCGGCAAGAAGGGCAAGUUGCCGCAGGCCGACGAGGCCCCCGCCAAGGACAAGGGCGACGUUGGCGACGAAGCUGAAGGUGACGAUGACCAGGAGCCGGCCCCCAAGAAGGCCAAGGCCAAGGCCGUUGCGAAGUGCAAAGCUAAGGCUAAGGCCACAGCAAAGGCCAAGGCCAAAUCUGUGGCCAAGGCUAAAGCUGUACCCAAGCGCUGUGGUGGGAAAAAGCCGAAGGCUUCCGAGUGUGACGAGGAUGGCGACCAUUCGGGUGACGAUGAGGUCAGGCCUGCCCCUUCGGUCCCGAUGAAGUCGAGAAAGCUUCUGAGGAAGUCGACGAAGCGCCGGUUGAUCGCCAAGGGCAAGAAGGGUAAGAAAAAGGCCAAGGCAGCGGUAGCUGCUGACGACGACUGGACCGAGUAUUACGGUGAUGAUUGGUGGGGUCCUGAGGAGGCUCCCCCUGCUCCUGCUAAGUCUGUUGGUGCGAAGAAGAAGCAGACCGUCAAGACGCAGGAGCCGGAGCCGGAUGAGGGAGAAGAAGAAGAGGCCCAGGAGGAUGACGAGGAGGCGGACGAGCCCGAGAGUGUCGGCACGUUUGCCCGCCGGUAUUGCCCCGCACGCCCGCUCUACAAAGCCAAGUGGAUGGCGAUAAGGGGUGCAUUCCAGACCCGCAUCAGGCCCUUCGUGAUCUACCCGUGCAAGUUGGAGGACUCUACACAGUUCGUCUUGCAUACUCAUGAUGACUUCUGGAAGUACGUGGCCAAGGCUACAAAGGAGGACAAGAUCAAGGACCCAGAGGCUUGGGAGAGGGUCUUCAUCCUCGCGGUGCUGUGCCUGCUGUUCAACGAGCGCUUCAGGUCUCAGAAGAUCCCAUCCUUUCCGAGGAAAUACACGAAGGAGUUUGCCCGCCGCAUGGUCGAGCUCUUCCCGUCGUUCACUGAGUCCCCGGCUCUGCGUGCCACCUCCAUGCUAGAUGCCUCGACGAGGGAUAAGCUUCGGAACAUGGACAUGGGUCCAGACGAUUGGUUGGAAGCUGGUGUUCCGGAACUACUGCAGUACGUUUACGGAGCUAAGGGGUUGGUCAUCCCUCCAGAAUGGAGAGAGUGCUUCCCCGCAAAGUAUUUUCAGUAG